UAGUUCCCUCCAACUCUUGACCUACUCACGGAAACAUGCCUUGGCACUUUUGGUAGGUACACAGCCACAUGUCAGCCGCUUGAAAAAAAUGCCCAAUGCGAAGGCAGCCACAACUCGUCCUGCCAUUCAACGAGUGACUGACCUCUGUCAACCAGUCGUCAAGCAUCAUCGCUCGAGUUGAGCGACACCGCGAUCCAGUCGGAUCGGACAGGGUCCAGGCAGUAAGGUUUAGUACUACCUACUAGGAGUGAGACGCGGCGGCCUGACAUGUGCUUCGCCUGCACUAUCAUGGCUUUCCCGCCGACGGCAACCCGCCGGGACUCUAAUUUGCUUCGACUAUUUCAAGGAGUCGUGCUCACUUGCUUCGUCCUCCGACUUCCUCACGCCGUCGCCGGUUCUGAUUCAGAUGGCAGCGCGCCGACGAAUAAUCGCGUGUCGCUCUUGGGACGGGUGGAGGAAUUUGCGGGACAGCUGAACUACGCGCUGCCAAACGAGGUUAGGUACCACCCAGAGCGGUCGGAUCUGCCUAUUGAACGGCUGGGAUUCGCCCUGGACGCGCGGAAUCUGACGAACGUGAUGCUCGGAUUUCACGAGCCGGACGAGCGGUACGGGGUGAAAUUUUCCUGCCACGGCCCCCCCUGCCCCAGCUUCGGCAGCUGCAGUAACAGCAAGAGUCACUGGGACAGUAACAGUGACACAGGCAGUAACAGCAGCCGUUACGCUGCUGGUUACCACAAUAUCCCGAAUGUUGAGGCUGCUUGUUGGAACCCGGGACUGGAAGAUUUGGGUCACGUGCAGCUGCCCGCUCCCGUGAACUGCCCGAAGAACAAAACUUCCGUGCUGCCCGCGCGACCCCGCUACGACAGCAGGCGUAACGAAUCCUGCUCACACAAGCAGGAUUUCAACCCGCGCGACCCGACAGCUCUGCAGAUGCUCCGGUUGCGCCACGUGUACGUGGACCAUUGGGGCUUCGUUUUCAACGCGUCGCAUCAGUUCGUUCGCAACGGCUGCGCGCGACUCAAGUGCUUUGCGCGUUUCCCGGCGUCGCACCCGGUGAUGCGAGUCAAUGCGGUGUUCAACUGGGGCUAUGGCACCGGAGGGAACUUCUACCACUUCCUCAUAGAAGCGAUGCCUUCGUUCCUCGUGGCGUCAACGGUGCUGCCUUCCAUUCUGAGUGAAAUGCCCAUUCUGGGUCGCAUCGGCCAGUGGUGGAUGUACGACCAAGUGGGGGCUCCUCUUAUCGGCAUAGAGAGAGGCGACAUGAGGACCCUACCUGUUGAAACCGGAGAUCUACUGUUCAUUGACACAGUUUACCAGCCCAUUUUCCAAGACUGUGGUCAGCCUUCUCACUCCUUAUGGACAACGCUGCGCCGCCGCCACCUGCUGCACCCACAGGGGAUUCCCCUCUUCCUUCCUGGCUGGACCUAUCGCUCGCAUACCCCACUUACCAGUGCACAGGCACAAGCCCUGCCCCAUGAUUGGGUGGUGUUGGUGGCGAAACGGCCCGUUAAAAUGCGCUCCAUCACUAACUUUGACGAUGUCCUAAUGGCAUUGACGAGUGUUUUUCCGAUGAAGAGAAUUGUGCUCUUCACUGGCUCGCUCUCAAUAUUGGAAGCUCGGGACUUGUUCCGGCGGACGCGUUUAUUCAUCGCCGGCCAUGGGGCUGCCCUCACCAACAUGAUCUUCAUGCCGGAAAAGGCGUCUGUGCUCGAAAUCCGACCCGACCGGUGCGAGAACCCGUGCUACAAUCAUCUGUCGUAUGCGUGCUCGCUCACAUACCACCUUGUGUUCAGCCGCGGAAGCUGCCAGAGCACUGUAGAGGCUCACAUUCCAACCAUCGUAGCAACGCUGAAGUUGAUACGUAGGAGGUUUGAUGAGGAAGAUAGCAAACACGGUGACAUAGUACCGUAUGGGUAAUCCAAGGUUGCAUCCAAUAAUGAUGCAUUUGUUUCUCGGAAUCGGGGUCCUCUUUUCAAAAAUCUCCUGUCCAGGCCCUAAGAUUGGUUGGGUCACGCUGAUUUAUCAUCAUUUCCCCCUGUGUUUAGGCUGAUUUUGUAGCCUUGCCCCUAGAAAAAAGGCUGUAAUUGUCA